GUGAAGACGGCGGUGAAUUUCAAAACAGUCUGGCGGAGUUGACAAGGCUUUAACGAAAGGAGUCAGCUGUUAUACUGAACAUUAAGCAGCAUAAAACAAUAAAUUCAAAUAAUUAUUUUACUUGAUCCAGACGACAUGUCGAACAGAUCAGACCCACCAGUGGCGUCACCAUGGCCAGUGAUAAUUCAUCAAUCAAUGUCACACACAGAUUAUGCCACAAUAUUAAGACAAAAGCAGCUGAAAGUGAGAGUGUCUGAUGGAGUGAUACCAGGGACUGUGAUUUUUCCAUUGUCAGGUGUGGCUUUUCUAAUCAUUCCCCUAUCACAAGCAACCAUUCAAGACCCAGAAAAUAAAUGUAUUCAGCUGUCGCAGGAACUGAUUGACAGGGUAGAGAAGUUUCUCCACAUUCACCGAAAAUGUUACAUGCUGUGUCAGGCACCCCUGCACGGACAAAGUGAAAGAAAUGUCUUCUCUAUGAUACAGAGGAAGUAUUUGGACACAAGACUGAACAUGAUUCCUGUACACAAUGCAACUGAAGCUGUCAAAUCGAUGCUUACUAUAGCAAAGGCCCUGUGUAAGCCAGUCAGUGAUAUUUUACAUGAAAGAUUACAGUCUGUGAUAAAGGAACAGUUGCAGAAUGAUGUUAUGACAGCUGCAUUAAAACAGCUUGGACUGAGCAACCAUGAGUGUCAAGUGAUUGAAGAUGGCUUAGGGAGUCUCAGCAAGCUUGUAGCAGCAUCACGUGAAGAACUACUGGACUGCAGCCUUGAUUCAACCACUGUCGAUAAAAUAUUGCAAUUCUUUAACAGUGAUAUUUCUGAGCAGUAGUUUAGUUGUCUCCCUUUACUUAGUGAUUAUGACAGUCAGUUGUCCCCCUUUAAGACCAAACAGCAGUCUUCUUGGGUAACAGAAGAGUUUGUCUACAUGAAGCUUAAGAAAUUCUGAAACAUUUCGGACCCUCAAAGUGAUAAUUCAUCUAAAAUGAAGUAACCAAGUCACCUUAAUAACAUACAGCUGGUCAACUUCAAAAGGGCUUGUUUAUUACUGUAAAUGACAAUGAGGUUCCAGUAUCUCUAAGAAUCAGAAACUGUAUUAUUAGAUCUGGAAGUCUCCAGGGGCAAUAUUAAUUUCCAGCGCAAGUUGUGUUUACUGAGACUUUCCCCUACAUCUAGAACACUAAGCAAGAUAUAUCAUAAAACAUUUGAUGUAUUGCCCACUCUUUUAUUAUUGCUUUAUCCAAAUGAUACCAAAUACCCAGCUGUGUUUUCAAUUAUUUAAUAGCAGAUUAAAGUAGCAUUAACUGUGCUACUAGACAGUGAACUGUAAAAAAAAGAAAGCAUCUACUGCUGUUGUCUUUUCUGCGUUCUUCACAUAUUUGAGCUGCACCAUGAGAAAACCAACAUAGUGCAUUUGCGACCAGCAUGGAUCCAGAUGCUGUUCGCUAACGGUUUCUCUUAUUGCAUAGGCUUUCAAA